CUGCCCUGGCCUCCCGAUGGCGGGCUCAUUCCUAUGGGUGUGGCCACCUGACGCGAAGACCGUUUUGCUACCGCGGGGGAAAGAGUAGUCAAUCAGUGAUGGGGGGAAUUGGGGGAUGUUCUUCCGGGGCGGGGCUCGUUCUGGGGAUUUCGCUUCCGGAAGGGUGUUCGGGCUCGUCCCACCCCCCCAGGAGGGUAGCUCCACCUGCCGCUGGGGCCGUCAUGGAGAAAAGUGGGAACAUUCAGCUGGAGAUUCCCGACUUCAGCAACUCUGUCCUGAGCCACCUCAACCAGCUGCGCAUGCAGGGUCGGCUGUGCGACAUUGUGGUCAACGUGCAGGGUCAGGCCUUCCGGGCUCACAAGGUAGUGCUGGCUGCUAGCUCGCCUUACUUCCGAGACCACAUGUCGCUGAAUGAGAUGAGCACAGUCUCCAUUUCCGUCAUCAAGAACCCUACUGUGUUUGAGCAGCUCCUCUCUUUUUGUUACACUGGCCGGAUUUGCCUCCAGCUGGCUGACAUCAUAAGCUAUCUGACUGCGGCCAGCUUCCUGCAAAUGCAGCACAUUAUAGACAAGUGCACGCAGAUUUUGGAGGGCAUUCAUUUCAAAAUCAACAUUGCCGAGGUCGAAGCAGAACUGAGCCAAACCAGGGCAAAGCAUUCAGAAAGGCCUCCAGAAUCUCACCGGUCUUCCCCAUCCCUGAAUCAUUCUCUGAGCCCCCACCACAGCACUCCGAAAGGGAGCCGGAUGGGCCAGGUCAGCACAGUGCUGGACAUUCGGGAACUUAGUCCUCCUGAGGAAUCUACAAGCCCUCAGAUCAUAGAACAGAGUUCAGACGUGGAAAGCAGGGAGCCCAUACUGAGGAUUAAUAGGGCAGGACAAUGGUAUGUGGAAACAGAAAUGGCUGAUCAUGGCGGGCAGGGGGAUGACGACGUUAAAGUCCUUGGAGCUGUACGGAUCAAAACAGAAAACCUGGAAGAGUGGCUAGGGACAGAGAAUCAGCCAUCGGGAGAAGACGGCAGCAGCGCCGAGGAGGUCACUGCCAUGGUGAUUGAUACCACAGGCCAUGGGUCAGUGGGACAGGAAAGUUACACCCUAGGGUCAUCAGGAGCAAAAGUGGCCAGGCCAACCAGCACUGAGAUUGAGAGAUUUAGCCCUUCUGGUAGUGUGGUUACUGUAAACGAGCGGUACAGGUCAAAAAGCGAGUCUCCAUGGCGUAUGGAUGAACCGAAGCAACCUAGUUCCCAGGUGGAAGAAUCUGCGAUAGUUGGAGUGAGCGGCUAUGUUGAAUAUCUCCGCGAACAAGAAGUAUCUGAACGGUGGUUUCGCUACAAUCCGCGUCUCACCUGCAUCUACUGCGCCAAAUCUUUCAACCAGAAGGGCAGCCUGGACCGGCACAUGCGACUCCACAUGGGCAUCACGCCCUUCGUUUGCCGCAUGUGUGGCAAAAAGUACACCCGCAAGGAUCAGCUGGAGUACCACAUCCGCAAACACACGGGCAACAAACCCUUUCACUGUCACGUCUGUGGGAAGAGCUUCCCCUUCCAGGCCAUCCUCAACCAGCACUUUCGUAAGAAUCACCCAGGCUGCAUGCCUCUGGAGGGGCCGCACAGCAUUUCCCCAGAGACCACUGUCACCUCACGGGGGCAGACGGAGGAAGAGUCUCCGCUUCGGGAGGAAGCUGGCAUUGUAGGGGAGACAGCACAGGGAUCUGUGUCUACUACUGGACCAGAUUGAGAUGGAAUGCAAGGUGGAGGGGGCGGAACCCCCUCUUAGCUUAUAAGCAGACCACAUUGAGAUGGCAGGCUGGCGAUCUGCUUUGUGUCACGUCACCGCUGGACAAAGAAGUUCCCGAGAUGUUGCCAAAAUAGAAGAGAUAGGAUAACAAAGUGCUAUAACCUUACCCCCCCUUUCUUAUCUUUUUUGGGGGGGGGACAAAAACUGGGUCAAACCAACCUCUGAUUCAGGGAUUGACAGCUUUUUGGGGGGCUUAAAUAUAUAUAUAUAUACAGAUAUAUAUAUAUAUAUAUUCAGUAGCGAUCCAGGAGGAACAGCUCUUUUUAUUUCUUGGCAACCGCUCCUCUGACUGUAUUGGUCUUAAGUUGCAAUGAGUGCAGAUCAUUAGAUCUGCAUUCAUCUGAGUUGUUACACCACCGUAGGAGCUGUGGAGACAAGAACUGGUUAAUUCUCCCUUUCUAAACCCCGCCCCCCCCUCCCAUCUCCCAGGUAAUUCUUUUCUGAGAAGAGUGGCUGUCCUGGUAGAAACUACCUUGCCUGUGUGUUUUAUCUCAUUUUAUUUUAGCGUGUCUUUCUUUUUAAAAAUUAAUACAUUAUCUAAGGGCUUUUUAAAAAAAAUUGCUUGCCCUUUCAAGGUGCGUGGCCUUGCCUAUUUUAUUAUGAGGCAGGCAGACUUUUUUAAAGCAGUAUUUUAGAGGUGAUACAAUAUUUAAAUAACUAAGCUACUGAAAGAAAUGGGGGUAGCAGCUGUGAACCUCACAGCCAUGUUUUGGUGGUUGCCGUCUCCAGUUUGCUAAACACUUUGAAAUCCCUGGUUGGUCUCUGCGCAGCGCCAAGGCUGAGAAAAAGAGUAUCUGGUUUUCCAGUUGAGAUACUAAGACCGUGGCUCGCCCCAAAAGCGCGUUGUUUGCCUCGUUGCACUUGAUCUAAUAUCACAGCAAUAUUUGUAUAUCAAAAUAGUUAAUUCCUGAGGGGAGGGGGGAAUGAUGGUUGGUUGGUUUGUUAGCGUCUACUUAUUUGGUAUUUUUAUAUGCAAAAAAAUGCAAAAAAAAAAAGAGGUUCUCCUUUAUUACUAAUUAUUCAGGAGGGUCAAAAAUUUACAAUGCCUACAAGCAAGGAUAACUCUUCCUUGUGCCGGUGCAGUAUUUUACAUUUAAAGUUGCUGGUGAAGAGAAGGGUGUAUCUUGUCAAACCAAGUGAUAAGAGAUUGCCUAUAUUGUUGUUUUCUGAUAGGUUGCUUAAGUGAAAAUGGAGAACAGGUGCAAAAGAGCAAAUACCAUGAAAAUGCAAUGAAGAGCCUUGUGCAAAAAAAAUCACGCAGCAUUUUUUUCUAAGUUCUGCUUUGAGUUUUGGUGUUGAGUUGCAUUGGCGUACAAAAGAGGAAAAGACUUUUCAGGUUUUGCAGCUGGUAAUCGAUAUUGUGCUGAUGAUGUGGGCCUGAAAUAGAAGUCGGCGGAGAAAGAGGGAAGAAAGCAUUUCAGAACUGAAGUGGGGGGAAUCAAGCUGGCCUUGACAACAGCCUUUUACUGUUUUGCUGUAACGACAAUGGGCCACAAGCGUUCUUGCUUGUAAAAAAAAGAGGAUAUUUUUCUUAAUUCAUAUUUGGCUGGAAGAACAAACGAAUGCAGAGAAUUCUUUGAGAUUCUGUUUUUCAUUUCCUUUUUCUUUUUUGGCAUCCUUCCGCUCCACACCAUUCCUCAUGGCAGAAGGCAGCAACCAGUGACUCUCUUUGUAGUUACAGGAAAAGAACCACCAAAAAUAAGUCCACUUGUAGCAUCUUCAAAGAGUUAGAAGAGUCAUCCCUCCCCACAAAUUCUCACUAAGAUUGAAGUGGAUGGAGAGGGGAAAUGGAGAUUCAAAUGUAUGUGCUGCUUUAGUCAUAGCUUUCAAAUUUACCAAAAAAGAGAGAAUUUUUUACAUUAAAGAACAUUGGGAAAAAUAUUUCUAGUUACUUUAAAAGGAGAAAAAAAAAGAUUUUAAUCGUUUAAAAAUAGAACUUUAAAAAUAUUACCAAAUUGUAAGGCUUAUGUUUAUUUAUCUAUACAUAUGUUAUAUAUAGUUAUGAUGGGAAUGUUUCUCAUUAAAAGCGUUUUUUUUUUCCUUAA